GGACUAUGAGCAUGAGGUCUACAAACAGUACAAUCAUGUAAAUAAAACUGAAAGAUUUGUUUUUCAAAGAAGAAUUUCGAAUGCUGAUCUGUUUGCCUUCAUGGAGAAGUCAUUUUGGAGUGUGGAGUACUGACCUUUGGGAUGAAUGAUGAGAGCUGUUUUUAACGCACUCAUCUUCGUCCUCUCCGCCACAAUUUCGGCGUGUGGUGCGGCAUGUAGCUGCAUUGCAGAUAACUGCUUCGUUCUAGUAGUGUCGCGUGCUGACGGCAGACGUCGAGCAGUGAUUUUACUGAUUUUCUGUGGGACUGUAGCAGCAUUGGUGCUGUUGGAUUCUCCGCUCAGCUUUCUCAACGAAACUCGCCCGCUAGUGAAGCGGGUUGCCAGUCGCGCUAGGACUGGCGAAACCCGUUUGCCUGCGAGCUCUUCCACGAAUUCACGCCAUGGGCUUAGAGAACCCAGCUCGAAGGUUUCAAACUCCUUAGUUGGCAUUGCAGGUGAUCCAGCCGCGAUUUCGCAAGUUGCACGAAAGUCAACGAGCGCUAGCAGAGAAGUGAGGAGGCAUGGGCCUGAGCAUGAUGUUCGGCAGCUCCGAGACGAAAUGCAAGAAGAAGUGUUUCAGAACAACCACGACACAGGUGCUCUGGACCGGGUGGAGCGCGUGUCGGGACACUGCAGCAAGAAUCGCACAUUGCUGCUUCUGUACGCCGGCACGGGCAUGGUGUCGUUCCCGGUGCGCGGCGAGCGCGAGUUUCUGCAGUACUGCCCGGACCUGUGCGUUGUGUGGGAGAAGACGGACUCGAUGAAGUACGAUGAAACGGCUGACGUCGUGCAAUCCGGCUCACACUACAGCCACGGGCGCAGCAAGCGCAAGAAACAGCUGUCGAUGUUCUUCACAAUGGAGAGCCCGAUGCACUCGGGUCUAGGCAGUGCGGGGGUGAUGAACAGCUUCAAUCUGAAACGAAGCUACCACCUGGACAGCGAUGUGUUUGCUGCCUACAUACCGAUAGGCGAGAAACACCUGAAAGAGGUGGUAGCUCCUCCACCAAUGAAGUUUGGAGAUAAACUAAAGAAUGCGAUGGCAGCAAUAGUCUCCAACUGUGGUGCGCCAAGUGGACGGAGUGGACUGCUGAGAGAGCUCAUUGCUGGCAUGGAUGUGCACAGCUUUGGCUCAUGCCUACACAACAAGGCACUGCCUCGUGACCAGGCAUCUAAAGGAGGCUCGCUGAAGAUUGUGCGCACGUACAAGCUGUACUUUGCCGUGGAGAACUCCCUGUGUAAGGACUACGUCACGGAGAAGCUGUGGAGAACGCUGUACCACGGCGCCAUUCCGGUCGUCACGUCCUACUCCAACACGCCUAACUACACCAAGUUCACGCCCAACGCGCAGGCCUACAUCAACUUGGAGCAGUUUGCGAGCACACCGGACCUGAUUGCGUACCUGAAACGAGUGACGGGUGACGAGCAGCUGUACCGCAAGCACCUGCGUCACCGUUACACACCCUCUGCUCCGGGUGCCGUCACAGAGGAGUACAGGCAAACGUGGGGAGUGCUCGCCGAUCGACGACGAUGGUGUAAGCUGGCUCGCCGCAUGCUUGUGUCGCCCGGUGUUGCGGAGCUAAAGGAGAGAACGCUACAUCCUGACUCGUCGUGCGCUCCCACCGGCAGGGUACGCUCAUCUCGGGGAACAAAGGAACACAAGCUGAGUGGUAAGACUUAGAGAAGAACUCCAUGCCCUCGGCUGCCGAUCUCGUUACCAACCCUGCGGUGAUACUGGUUGAGUUAAAACCGAAUAGUACUUCUGGUGUGACCCGUCCGGGGCACUGGCGAGCAAUACCAGCACUUCUGGCUUGAAUUAAUUACCAACAUGGUGCCAUCAGUCUGUAACUGGCGUGUCCACUGAUCAUUACAUCACACGCUCGUUCAAAUGCUGGUAUACGAGGAGACAAUACCGGAGCACCGCUACGGGUCAGCCGGCCAGUUUCUACCUAAGAGAUUCAAUGAUGCCGGCAUGUUGCAUACACUGCAUAGGUCAACGCGUGCCGUCGAGACGCUCAGCUCUGAGUUCCGCAUCAUUAGUUGACGCGUCACUCAGCUGACAUGGUUUCACUCAGCUCUACCGUCUCUAACAUGCUCUGCCAUUCUCGCACUAUGCGCUGGCACACUUGAUGACAAGGCUUAGAGUUCCUCUUGUCGCUAUUCGAUUUACUUUCGUGCUUUUCGUAGAACCGUUUUCCUUUUGAGCAGUAAAUUUUUGCCAUACUCAAAUUAGACCAGUUCAAGCUUUCUGUGCUAUACAUACGAAUUCAGAGAAUUCCCUAUUGAUAUUUAUUACACUAUCCGCUAGACUAUUUAUUUAUGUUGAGGAAGCGUCUGCCAUACGUGUGAAAGAGGGUCUUGAAAUUGUUGAAGAUAAUCUUGUUCCAGGUGUUUAACUUUCCCAAUGAUUAUCUGUUCGGACUAGGUUAAUCAGGCUAAAGUGUGUGCUGCACAACGGCAGAAUAUCUUUGUGGAUAUAACUUGUACUGAGACUGA